AGAAACAGAAUACAAAACACUCAAAACACAGCAAAACUCGAACAUACACAAAAAAUUAUCAAAACAAAAACAGUAACUCACAAGUCACAACACAAAUUUUUUACAUACCAAUAAAUGCAAAGUCCUAACAACUACCAUAUUCAAUAGUGUUUAUCGUACCAUUUUUUCAUAUGAUAUUGUUUCCCAUGAAUCAAAUAAUUUAGUGGUCAACUGACUAGCUGAAAGAGGUAACUUACUCUGCUUAUUUGUGAUCGAUGAAUAUAUCUUCAGUUUAGGUAUUGUUCUCCUAAUCAUUAUCUUGUGAACAUGUUCUUGAGCUGCAGCAAACAAAAUUUUUGGAAGCAAUACAGACUCCAAGGGGUUUUACUCAAGUCAUACUUUGCUUAUCAAUUAGACUCUAAUGCUUGACAUGAAAGUCAUUUAUGUAAUUAAUAUUCAAGCUUAACUGUUUGAAAAAUUCAUUCAGGUCGCAUUUGUAGUCUUUGAUACAUUCUUUCAGUAACUCAUACACCACUACCAGGUUUCAAAUUCCGCCUCUAAAUCUCUUCUGAAGCCUGAUUUUUUGUGUGUGUGUGUGGCAGUUAGUUUUUUUUCUGGUCACGUUGAAUUUUUUAACUGGCUUUCUUUCUUUCUGCUCUACUUUCCAAGAGAUUAUUCUCCGUAGAUGUGCACUAGAUCAAGGUGUGUGGGAAAGAUGGUUCUUCUUCUUGGCUCUCCUAUCCUGAUGUUUUUACUUUUGCCUUGGAUCUCUUCUUACGGUGGUUGCUAGAGCCAUUCGAUUCCGGAGACCCCAUGUCGCCGACAUCUGAAAUCGAUCAAGUGUGGAACCAGAUGCAACAUGGCAUGAGGAGGAUGAGACCGUUGGUUGUGGAGCAACAACCGGAAAGGGACAUGAGGUUCCCGAAGCCAGCCAUGGUUGUCCAAGAGCGGUGUAGCAGAUCCCCACACCUGGAGUGGAUGGAGAAGUACUGGACCGAGCGCUGGAUCGAAAUCACUUUAGCGGGUGGUACCUCGAUGGAGGAGAUAGAAGAGAUCCGGGCCUUUGUGAACUAUGACAGGCCGGUGAGGACGCUUGAGGAGGAAAGGAAGGCCCGACUGGAGAUGCUGGAAGAGUGUCGUCGCAUGAUUGAACGUGAUGAUGAAGAAGAUGCUGCGAAGAAAUCACUGGAGGAAGAGACGUUUGCUGCAGAAGACUCGGAUCUAGGUCAUGUUGAAGGAUCCUUGAAGAGUUUCUGUCCACUGAUGGAACCGAUUCAGCUGACACUUGAGAGGAAGAAUGAACUUGCGGAUGAUCAUCAAGUGGCUUCGCAAGAGACGCAAAAUGGUAAAACCUUAAUUUGUUGGGAUCAAAAAGUGGAGCCGUACUUUGAGAGGGGUAAAGAUGCAAGCAAGGAGUUGCUUGAGACCAAGAGGGAAAAGUGUGCCCACCAGGGGUUCGAACAAAUGGCUGAGGGAGAUGUAAGAGUAACAAAGAAGAAGAAGAGAUGGAAGCAACUCUUAACAGAUAUUGAAAAGAAGUUGGCGGAGAUUUGGAGCUAUGAAGAGAGUGAUAAAUCAGAGACAUUGGAAAUACAGAUGGAGUACACAAGCAACAGACAAAGAAAGUGUUUGAUGGAGUUGUGUAAGAGAGAACGCUGUCAAUGGGUGCACACUCGUGAAAGGGUUGGUAGAAAAUGGCUGCUCAUGUUUAGGAAGAAGAAGAGAAAGAGGAAGAAAAGGACAGAGAAUGCAGAGAAGAACUAUGGGUCUUUUGAAAGAUCAAGAAGAUGCAAAGAGGCUGGAAGAGCUAUGUUAAGAAACAUAAUCAGAUGUCGGCAUAACCAUGAGAGGAAAUAUACAUUUAAGGGGGUGAAUGAGUUAAGUGUCGAGAUCAAAAUAAGUAAUGAUCAUGCGUUUGGAGGAAGGCUGCUGCUGAAUGUUAAGACGAAGAAGAGAACAAGGCUGUGGAAACAUUAGAAACAACAGAUACAUUAUCAGAAGGGUGAUGUCCACAUAGGGAGCUUGAGAGAAACAACGAAUGUGAAAGAGAUGGGGAGCAAGCAGGUGCCAGAACUUGCAAAGCUGUUACGGAGUCAUGUGACAGAUUUGAAGAAGCGUGAAAAAUGGAAGAAACACAAGG